AUGGUGCGCCUUGCCGUGCGCUGCGCGCGCCUUGUGCGCGCCUCUGGAGCCUGGGAACGUGCCGUGCACACCCCAGCCUAUACCUCCAAGCCGUACUAUGUGACGACGCCUAUCUUUUACGUAAAUGCCGAGCCGCACAUGGGCCACCUGCACUCGUGUGUGCUGGCCGACGUGCUCGCACGCUACGCCCAGCUGCGCCGCCACGGGUGGUCCACCGAGGGCAGCGGCACGACGCAGCCUCUAUUCACGACGGGGACGGACGAGCAUGGCAUGAAAAUCCAGCGCGUGGCCGAGUCGCAGCAGGUGGCGCCGCAGGCAUUGUGCGACCGCGUGAGCGAGCGAUUCCGCGACCUCACGCGCGCCGCGCAUCUGUCGUGCACGCGGUUCAUCCGCACGACGGAGAGAGAGCACGCCGUGGCCGUGCAGCACUUCUGGCGGCACCUGCAGGCACAGGGCCACAUUUACCUGGGGGAGCACGAGGGAUGGUAUGCCGUCUCGGACGAGGCGUUCUACCCUGCGUCGCAGGUGCGCGCCGUCCAGCACGGCCGUGAGACGGUGCACGAGUCUAUGGAGAGUGGGCAGCGCGUGGAAUGGACGCGCGAAAUCAACUACAAGUUCAGGCUCUCGCACUUCCGCGACGCGCUCAUCGAGUGGCUCACGCGGUGUCCGGACGCCAUCCAGCCGCGCAGCAUGCACGAGCGCGUGCUGGCCGAGGUCCAGGCGGGCCUCAGCGACCUCUCGAUUUCGCGCCCGCGGCAGCGGCUGUAUUGGGGCAUCCCCGUGCCGGACGACGAGGCGCAUACGAUGUACGUGUGGCUCGACGCGCUCGUCAACUACCUGACGUCGCUCGGCUACCCCAGCGAGGCGUGCCCGCCGGGGUGGCCCGCCGAUGUGCAUGUGGUCGGCAAGGACAUUGUGCGCUUCCAUGCGAUCUACUGGCCGGCGCUGCUCAUGGCCGCCGGUCUGCCGCCGCCGCGCACGAUUGUGGCGCAUGCGCACUGGACGGUGAACAAGGCGAAAAUGUCCAAGUCCAAAGGCAACUCGGUGAAUCCGUUCGACGCCAUCGACACGUACGGGCUCGACACGAUCCGGUACUACCUGAUGCGCAUUGGCGGGAACAUCGGCACGGACGCCGACUAUGCGCCUGCGCUGCUCGAGGAGCACAAGCGCAAGUACCUCCAGGGCCAGCUGGGCAACUUGCUGUCGCGCGUUCUCGCGCCCAAGAUCCAGCGGCGCCUGGCGCCGGGCAGCGACGGUGCGCUUGUGCAGCCUGCAUGGACCGCGGCCGAGGCGGCGCUGCUGGCCGCGCUGGCUGCGCUGCCCGCUACGUGGGAUCGGCACAUGCAGCAGCUGGAGCUCAGCAAGGCGAUGCAGGCGGCGUUCCAUGCGCUCGCGCUCGCCAACGAGCUUGUGCAGCACACGGCGCCGUGGGCGGCCGAUGCUCAGCCUGACGCGAUCCACCGGUGCGUGUUCCUGGCGAUGGAGUGCUUGCGUGUGUGUGGCACGCUGCUCUCGCCGGUGAUGCCAGACGCCAUGACGGCGAUGCUCGAUACGCUGCAGGUGCCCGCGGCGCAGCGCACCUGGGCGAGCCUCGCCGCGCGGCCCAGUGCGCUGCCGCUGCGCAUGCAGGCCGACAAAAUCCCACCGCUGUUCCCCCGCUAG